AUGAUACUUCGGCUUACUUUUUUACUCUUGAUUGUUACUGUCGUUUCUUUGGACACUUUAGAUCAGGGUGAUUUAUUCGAAAAAUUAGUCCCUGGAUUCAAAGGUAAGGAGAAGAGGAUUUGACAAAAAAAUGUUCUCGAUUUUUCUGAAAUUUGGCAUGAACUUCAAUUAUGAUUUUUGAAAGAAUAUUUGGGAUUUUUAACUUGCAAUUUGGAGAAAAUCGAGAAUAUUUUUUGCAAUUUUCGCUUUAAAAUUUUCAUGAGCUGCUUUAAGGUGUGUUUAAUGCUAAAUAAUACAAAGAACGAAAUUAAUUUUCCACGAAAAAAUCCGAGGAGUCAUUGAUGAAAAUACAUUUUUUUUUGUCUAGCUGGCGCUCCUCAUUUUACGUGGUCUCUCGGAAAAAAAAAUGUGAAAUCUUUGUCUUGGCUGCCCAUGAAAAGUGACAGCUGAAUUUUUCAGAAAUUUAUAGAUGGCCUAUUUACAAAAAGUAGGCAAAAUUUUGAGGGAAAUCUCAAGUCACGUUGAGGGUACCUUACCUUAUAUGUAUGAAAAAUGAAAUUGAAAAAUAUUGAAAAUCCCAAAAAAUUAAGUUUUAAUUUUUUGGAUAUAAAACAGGAUUUAUAAGCGAAACGUAUUUUACGAAACUUUCAGCCAAAUUUAUCACCCGCCAGAACAAACUUCUCGAGAAUUUCACUCCUCAACAAAGAAACAAGCUUAUGAUCAUUGCCCGAUCAAAUAAGACGGAUGUUGCCAAAGUUCAGGAAGCCAUGGAAGAUCCUCAAGUUCUAAAUACUCUUUUACAAAGUGCCAGGGACAUUCUGAGAGAGAACAAGGUGUCGGAAGGGCUUGUUGAGCUGAUGACUGAGGUAGGUUGAGGUUAAUGUCAAGUGCAAUGUAAAUGCUGGUAUGGCUUUUCAAUUUCUUCAAAAUUUCGCAUAGGUUCUCUAAAUAGCCCAAAUAUCAAUUUUUGUAAGUCUUUGUUUGAGAUUUUAUACAAAAACCAUGGAUAUUUCCUUAUUACCCUAAGGCAUUAUUCUAAAAUUAUUUGAAAACAAGUCCAUCAAUUUCAAAUUUAUCAAAAUUUCUUUUCAGAUCAUGCGUCAAGGACUUCUCCAUGCCAAUGUAAACGACAUGACAACGCGCCAAGCGGCUCAAGUUGCAGUUGAAGUAGUCCCGAAAUGGGUGGUGAAAUACCGGCAGUUAAACCCCGAAGAAAAGUUCAGACUCAAAUCAGUAGACGCCAAGUUGGUCGAGAUCUUGGAAAGUGAGCGUUGAGGCUUUGAUAUGCGAUUUUUUCGACUUUAUCGGAUACAAUUUGUAAUCUUUUUUUUCAGAUCCUAUCUGGCUUGUUGAAGGUCUUGUUGUGCGUCAACGGCGAGCCGCAUCAGAGGAAUUGGUCCUCAAAUAUCUUCAUUAUUUCCCUUACUAA